AUGGCCUUCAUAGUUCAAGCAGCAUCCACGCAAUGGAUUGCCAUUCUCAUUACAUGUGUCUUGUCCCUCGUCUUCGUGGCAACAUACCGGCUGCUAUUCCACCCUUUGGCUGCACUGCCUGGCCCCAAGCUCGCUGCCAUCUCACCUUGGUGGCAAAUUCGAAAGAUCAUUGUUGCGAAGCCUUAUGAACUCGCAUUGCACGACAGGUAUGGCCCAGUCGUCAGGACCGCUCCUAACGAAGUCGUAUGCAAUAGCAAGGAGGCUUUCGAUGCGAUAUAUAAGUCCAGUACGCCUCUCGACAAGGGCCCGUGGUACGAGGGGACCAGGCUUUCAUCUGGUGUUUUGGAUCUGUUCAUCAGGCGCCAUCAUAUAGACGGCUGUCAUCUUCUAGCGGAAACAGACAUGGCACGCUACCAGCUGAUAAGAAGAAGCGGCGGACCAGCAUUCACGGCUAGCAAUUUGAAGAGAUACGAACCCAAGGUCGUUGAAGCCAUGCAAAGGGUCUGCGAGAGGCUUAAUCGACUGAAUGGAGAAGAAGUCGAAACGAGCGAAUGGAUGCAUAUCACGAUUUUAGAAUGCUUAACUAGCAUAAGUUGGUCUGGAUCACCAGACAAUAUUCUUGAACAGGGCCAUGAUUGGGGAGACCUCGAGCUUAACGUGGCUUUCUGGCGUCGGACAACCGUCUUGGGCCAUUUGCCCACUCUGCGCGUCUUGCUCGACCUAUUUCCCAUGCUAAAGAAAUACGCAUUUGGGAUUCUGGGUCUCCCUACCAAUCAUUCGAGAGACGGAAUUGGCCUUCCAGCCCACAUUGCACCGUCCUUAAUCGGGCAGCUUGUGCACAGAUGCACCUCAAUUGAGAAUCCCAGUUUUGAGAAUGGCCAAGAUCUUAUGGAGCAGCUACUGGCAAUCCACGCCAAAAGGCCAGACUUCGGCGUGGGGUAUGCCAGAGGCAUGGCUGGAUCAUCUGUGGCUGCCGGACACGAUACCACGGGCGCCAGUCUCGUGUCCAUCCUAUGCAGAAUCUGCACCAAUCCCGACCUGCAAAAGCGUGUUGAGCAAGAGUGCAGAGGUGAACGAAUGCCGCUGGCAUUUGAAGACAGGCCCAGCACAGUCACCUCUGCCUGCGUAAGAGAGGCGAUGCGCCUGCAGCACGUCACAAACAUCAGCUUGUCCAGAGUGGCUCCGCGAAAUGGCCUUCAUCUCCACGGUCAUUUCUUUCCAGAAGGGACGGUUCUUGGUGUUAACCCGACCUCAUUCGCAAGAAAUAGGGAUCUGUUUGGGCCAGACGCAGGCGAGUUUAAGCCCGAGAGGUGGCUUAGCGGCGACGAAAACCAUCUUAGAACAUUGGAACGAUACAAUCUGCUAUUUGGCGGUCAAAGCCGCAGCUGCCCUGGACAAAAUCUUGCAAGGCUCAUUAUUGGGUUGGUGGUCCCGCGGCUGUUUAGAAAUUUCGACAUUCAGGUUAAAGUGCCUGAGGGAGGAUUUGACAAUUACCCGCCCCAGUUCUGGACGAUGCUUAGUGGUUCUAAGAUAAAGUUUAUACCAAGACAGGAUUCAAAGUAG